AAACAGCACUAAAACCCUUCCUUCCUCUUACCUUGGUUCCCUCCAUCAAUCAUACUAGGGUUUUUCCGCUCUCUAAUUCGGAGGUUGAAGAACCAAAACACAGUAUAACGCCCAAUGAAGGUCAAAGUUAUAUCACGCUCCGUUGAUGAGUUCACCCGAGAACGAAGUCAAGACCUUCAGAGGGUGUUCCGGAAUUACGACCCCAGCCUUCGUCCUCAAGAGAAGGCCGUGGAGUAUGUGCGGGCUCUUAAUGCAGUGAAGUUGGACAAGAUUUUUGCAAGACCAUUUAUUGGAGCAUUGGAUGGACAUAUAGAUGCUAUUUCGUGUAUGACGAAGAACCCUAGCCAGUUGAAAGGGAUAUUCUCUGGUUCAAUGGAUGGAGAUAUUCGACUUUGGGAUUUAGCAUCAAGACAGACAGUUUGUCAGUUUCCUGGUCACCAAGGUGCAGUACGAGGUUUGACAGCAUCUACUGAUGGAAAAGUUCUUGUGUCCUGUGGAACUGAUGCCUGUAUCAGACUCUGGAAUGUUCCUAAUACUUCUCUUGUGGAGUCAGAUGACUCAACCAAGAGCACUGUCGAGCCAGCAAGUGUUUUUGUUUGGAAGAAUGCUUUUUGGGGCGUUGAUCACCAGUGGGAUGGUGAGCUUUUUGCCACAGUUGGUGCUCAAGUAGAUAUAUGGAAUCACAACAGGUCUCAGCCGAUUAAUAGUUUUGAAUGGGGGACAGAUACAGUAAUUUCUGUCCGGUUUAAUCCUGGAGAACCAAAUCUUUUGGCCACCUCAGCUAGUGACAGAAGCAUAAUUUUGUAUGAUCUACGUAUGGCUUCCCCUGUGAGGAAAAUGAUAAUGAUGACCAAAACCAAUUCUUUAUGUUGGAAUCCAAUGGAACCCAUAAAUUUUACAGCUGCAAAUGAAGACGGCAACUGCUAUAGCUAUGAUACUAGGAAGUUGGGUGAAGCUAAAUGUGUUCAUAAAGAUCAUGUUUCUGCAGUGAUGGAUAUUGACUACUCACCAACUGGACGAGAAUUUGUCACUGGAUCUUACGAUAGAACAGUGAGACUUUUCCAGUAUAACGGUGGUCACAGCAAAGAGAUUUAUCACACUAAGAGAAUGCAAAGGGUAUUUUGUGUCAAGUUCAGUGGUGAUGGAAGUUAUGUGAUUUCAGGAAGUGAUGAUACUAACCUUAGAAUUUGGAAGGCAAAAGCGUCUGAACAACUCGGAGUAAUUCUUCCAAGAGAACGUAAAAAGCACGACUAUCACGAGGCUGUAAAGAAACGUUAUAAGCACCUCCCUGAGGUUAACAGGAUUGCAAGACAUAGGCACUUGCCAAGACCAAUAUUCAAAGCUUCUGCUUUAAUGCGUGUUAUGACUGAUGCCAAGAAAAGGAAGGAAGAUAAGAGGAAAGCUCACAGUGCUCCAGGGAGCAUUACAACACAACCCUUACGGCGACGAAGAAUUAUCAAAGAAGUUGAGUAAGGUUUUUCUGAUCCACUAUCCAAGCAAAAUGUAACAAGAAUUUAGGCUCACACUACUGAUAUCACCAUUCUCUGCUCAUUUCUUAGCUUAGCUGAGAGUUGCAUUCCUAUAUUUUAUGUAUGUACGUAUAAGAUUGGUGAAAUGAGGUUGUAUUUGUUAUUCUUCUGGGUUCAGUUCACUCCCAAUGCAAGAAAAUUUUGUUUAUUCUUCAA